AUGCCGCAACAUUGUCAACCAGAAAGUUCAAUUUCAAAGCAACCACCUCCAUCUCCUCAAUGUUUUAAGAAGCAAAAACUGGAUUCUCAAUUUAAGAAGUUCCUAGACAUAUUGAAGCAGCUGGAUAUCAACAUACAACUUGUGGAUGCACUUGAGCAAAUGCCUAAUUAUGUGAAGUUCAUGAAAGAUGUUCUUACAAGGAAAAUAAGGUUGGGAGCAAGCGUUAAUAUGAUGGCAAUGUUUGUUUACAAGCAAUUGGGGAUUAGAGAAGUCAGGCCUACUAUAGUUACUCUUCAACUUGCAGAUAUAUCUCUUGCUCAUCCAGAUGGGAAGAUUGAAGAUGUGUUGGUGAGGGUAGAAAAAUUCAUAUUCCCUGCUGAUUUUAUUGUGCUAGAAUAUGAGGUGGAUAUAGAGGUACCUAUUAUCUUGGGAGGCCAUUUCAUGCAACAGGAAGAUCUUUAA